UAUGUCGUUUUCGUUUUUGCGGUGUAGAUACCCCGCGGACUACACUUUGUCCUAACAUCAGGUUGAAUUUUAUUUAUUUUAUUUUGUUAUUUUGUCAUUUUUCAGUAAAUUGGCAAAUUUUUCGUACAGCAGCACAAACGCGAUAAAAGACAAUGACGAUAAUGACCAAAACAAAAGUGACAGCUACCUCUGGUAUUAUACGCACACCAUUGCAACUGCUCGGAAAGUGUUUUUUUUUUAAGCUGCAAAGUGUAGUCCGGGACGGGAUAGUCCUGCCGUAAAAACGAAUUCGACAUUAAUUUCUCGUGAGCCGGCUGAAAUUCGCCAUAUUGUAUUUAUGUUCUUCGAUAUAAAUAACAGAAGACACGUGUAGUGAAAAUUUUUUACAUUUUUGUCGUUAUUUCAAUAUUAAAUAGCAGUUUCUCUUUAUUAAUUUUUUGCAACAAAGGUGGUUUGCUAACGCGAGAAGGAAAAUAGACAUCUGCAUUUCAUUAUGGUGAUGAUUGGACGACCAUCAUUGCUUUUAACGCUACCAGGAUUAGCUAUCAUCGUCGGGUUGGUAUGGUUCCGUCGUAAAAAAAUCUUUGGUAUAGACACCGGCGGUACAAAUUGUGUUUCGGAUAAAUGUGAUCAAAAAUUGGAUUCUGCAGAUGAAAACUGCACAAUAAACGUAAAGCACACCGACUCAUUGCAAAUAUCUCAUUCAUGCAUGACAAAUGAGUUCGGCAAAAGCCAGUCUUUAUCCUCAUCGUCCUCUUGCAGUGGAAAAUCGGCCCCAAUAGAUAUUGUACCCAAUACUAGAAGUCCGCCGAAGAUUUCUGAUCAACAGUUUGAUGUAGAAUUAUUGAAGCUGAAAAUUGAAGAAUCCGAUAUGAAACAUCUACGUUUGAUUGAAGAACAAGAUGAUUAUUCUAGUUUGGAAUCGGUAGCAAACUUACCACGAACGGCAGAACGUUAUCAAAAUUUCAAAAAAAUUGACGAGUCUUUCAAAUCUACAUUGGAACCAGUGAUCGUCAAAGCUAGCAUAGCAGCGAAAAUUUCUCCAAAAACUUCUUUUGCUACUUCUAAAUCACCACCAUCGCCAGAAAUAGAGUGUUUGAACAUGGUUGAAAAUGCUGUUGUUUUAGAUAACGCAGAUUUUGGAAAUUUCCUCGGUAGUGAAUCAAACGCUGAAUAUACAGUGCAAAAUGACUGUCCUAAUAAUAAUGGAGCAGUUGAUCAACGGUUGGAAAACAAUGGACACUCCACGGCAACAAGUCCACCGCUUAGUUUGUGCAGUUUACACUCAGGAGACUCUGGAAAAGGAUCUAGUCCGCCUCAGUCUGAAUGUGCUCCAACUACUAGUUACGAAUUCCUGUUGCCAACAUAUUUGAUAAACAGAAUGCUUGGUCGCAAAGCAAACUUUGUGCAAAUAAUAAAAAAUAAAUCCGGAGUGAACAUACUCAUCAAACGUAAUCCUGGCACCCAUAAAACAAAGAUCUGUUCUCUAAAAGGAACGCAGGUUGACAUAGAUAAUGCCUUGGCGUUAAUUCGAAGGAAGUUUCCAGAGAAAAGAUUUCCCGUACUGACUUUACAGCGAGUUGAUGUUGGACAGAUCGAAAAGGUUUUAUCGUUACCGCUACUUAACACAACAUGUUUUAAUUUGCAAUUGGUCGAAGGAAUUAACAACGAUGUUUCAAUUAGUUCAAUUAUCACAGGAGGUCAUGUUUUUUUACAGCAGCCGCUUCAUCCAACGUUCCCAUUAUUGAACACAAUGCAACAAUGUAUGAUACAAAAUUACAAUAUGAUUGAAGCUCCUUCGCUACCUGAAAUCACUGAUAAUGCAAUUUGUGUUGUUAUGGUUCAGGGAAGUUGGUACCGCGUUCAGAUUGUCUCACAUGACAAAGAGGGCCAACGUUGUUUAGUCAAAUAUCUAGAUUACGGUGGCUUUAUCAGUGUUGCAACUUCCGGUUUGAGACAGAUACGAGCUGAUUACAUGGGAGUUCCAUUUCAAUCCAUUGAGUGUGUGCUGUCCAAUGUGAAACCUAAGGGAGAUUCAGGCUGGUUACCCGAGGCAAGCGAAAUUUUACAUAGUUUGUCCAAAGGCUUAAUACUUCAGGCUCAAGUAGCAGGAUACACAGCAGAAGGUCUGCCGGAAGUCUACUUGUUUGCUUCGAUAGCUAGAGAUAACGUCAUAUUUAUAAACCAAGAGUUGGUAGCUCGCAACCUGGCAGUGUGGGUGGAAUAAACAAAGGUUUGUCGUCAUUGGCUGAUUAUUGUGUAAGUAGCAAUAAAACAUAAGUAACACAUAUGAAACACAGGAUUGAAAAUUAAGUUGACAGUACUGACCAAACAGAAGCAAAAUGAACAACUCUAAACGUUUUGAUAUAAACAGAAAUAUAUAAUUAGCAACUAAAAAUGACAAAACAGAAUCAAUUCUAGAUACUUAUAGCUAGGUAAGAGUUUUUGUUGAUAAAACCGUCAAAUUGUUUUUUCAAAUGCAGUAAAAAAAUUAAAACCCCGAUUUGAUAAAAUAAGCUUAAUUUCCAAAUUUCUAACUUACAUAAAAUCAAUUAAAUGAGUGUUUAAUAUUAGGUUUGUUUAUUUUAGUCGUAAAAACUAGUUUACUUGUGAAUUUAAUGGUUAGAAUACUCUUUACUAAAUCAUCAUAAAGCAUUUCUGUUUUUGUUUCGCAUAAUAUAUUAAAAUGGCAAUUCCGGCAAAUAUCGCUUAUCAUAGACUAAUCAAUAAACAGUUAUGUGCACUGUUUUCUUGUUAUCUGACUGCCAGUUGUAAAUAAAAAUUUUUAUAGUCAGUUUGAAAAUGCUAUAUUGUGAAGUAAAGUGGCAGUGAAAAACGAAGGUUUUCAUACCAAAUAAUCUAUCGUCUAAUUUCGAGUGGAGCCGAUUUUAGUAAAAUUUGUGUACGUAUUUGGCGUACAUACGUAAUGUUUUUAGGCCCAAAAGUUUUCUUGGUUAUUCUAACAAAGCGUAUGUAAUAUGGUAUACACUUUAUUUGAAGCAUUGUGGUUCAAAAACUAUUGUUCGUGUAAAAACUGUCUAAGAAUGCGUUGUAAGGGACUAAUUAUGCUUUGUGAAAAUAAUAUACAUUGCAGAAAAGUUUUUUAAAAAAAAUUGAAAUAAACACCAAAUUGUGUUUAAAAUAAAAAAGAGUUGAAUUUUC